AAGUGGAAGCAAAACAUUUGAGGAGGGUCAAGACUUUGACGGAGAAACAACAAACCAGGAAGUAGGUAACGUAAUCGGCUGUUUAACGGGGACCUCAAACUCAAUACAAAAGUUCGACAAAUUUGAUGCAUCAGGAUUAAAGAAGCUAUCACUCCGGUGGCAAAGGACUCAAGUUUCCAACAACAUGUAUAAUGACCUGGAGCAGGGUGCGGUGGUGGAGCAGGACAAGGUGAAGACCCUGCAAUCUCAGGUGGAGGGGGUGAAGGACAUAAUGACCCAGAACGUGGACCGGAUCCUGGCCCGAGGAGAGAGGCUGGAUGACCUGAUGGGCAAGUCAGAGGACCUGCAGGCUGGGGCUCAGAACUUCAAGCACACGUCCCAGAAGGUGGCUCGUUCCUACUGGUGGAAGAACAUGAAGCUGUGGGUGGUGAUCGUGGUCAUCGUCCUCGUCGUAAUCCUCAUCAUCGUACUGCUUGCCACUGGAGUCAUCCCUACCAGCUCGCCUGCUCCCCCUCUUCCAACACCCACAAAAGGACUAUAACCCUCCAUGGCGGAGACACACAUUUACAGUACAUCGCACAUACACACGCACACACUUGUUAGCUUACUUACCACCUGAGCAAUUUCUUUCAAGAGAAGCCCAACUUCAAGAGAGACCAACUUGGCUCAUGAUCAAUAGCUACUGUUGACUCUACAGUUCAAUAAUGCGUCAUUACUUUGAAAUGAUGCAUGUUGGCUUUUCUCCCUCUUUCUCAAAUACAUCACUGUCUCAACUCUUGUGCAGCUUCACACCCCCAGUCUAGCCAGUCUUUGGCCAUUCAAACACCAUAUGGUUUAUUUGAAGAAGAAAACAUUACUUUAAAUCCCCUGCUCUCUCUAUUAAUGCUGGGCCGCAACUGUUUUUCAGGAAAGACCAAAGUACUAAUUAAGGGGUAGAUAUUGGCAUUGUAGCCUAUAUAAUGUUCUUUGUGACACAUUUCCAAAUUCAUGCUGGCAUUUAUAUGGCAUUUAUGGUUUCUAUCCAUUUGGUGUUUUUAGGGUAUGUAAUGUGAUCCACACACAGUCGGGUAAUGAGUUAAGCCUCCAAGAGGUCAAAGGUCAGAACAGAUUUGAACGUGUGAACAUGGGAGAUAUGAAGAGAUUUGUGCUGUAGAGAUGAAUGUUUGUCAUGGUCAUUGUUGCUGAUAAUUAUUUUAAAUUGUUUGUGUAGUUAGUCUUUUCCCACUUUUUUCACCACAUUUGAAUGUGUUUUAGCUGAGCUGGUUACUAGAACAGUUGUCACAGUGUUUUUGUUUUGAAAGUUGGGAGAACAGGGUUUCUGACUUGCAGGGUUAGUGAAAGAAAGCAUCGGAGGCCACAGACGAGACAUAGGUUGGUGGGAACUGAGAGAGGGAAAGAGAGAGAGAAUGGUGGGAGACUCUGGAGAAGUGAAAGGUCUUUACACCUCUAUCCAUGACCUGAUACUCCAUCAUACAUAACCUGCUGGAACUCUUGUAAUGACCUAUGCUGGUUGUCAUGUUCCUUGUACCCAGGUCUUGGAAACCCUGGCUAACUCCAGUUAAGCUGCUGUGAGAGAGGGAUGAUUGAACAGCUAACAACUCCCCUGCUGGUCCAAACUAAUGUCUAAAGCUCCUAUGACUGCUGUCAUGACAUCGCUUAGUUAGUGUCUUCCUAAAACAAGGCAGUAGCUUUCAAUUGUAAUGUACUGUAAUUCAGUAAUUGCUUACCUAUUUCUUCCCCUUUAUUUCUUUACCCACUUAAGUCUUAAUUCCCCCAAAAUGUAUUCAUUCUGAUAAUGUAAUCUUGACUCCAUUAAAACGAUAAAUUGCAGAGUAGCUUUGGUACAUGUAUUCUUUAGCUACUUUGCGUUUUAAUUUAUCCCAAUGCCCACUCCAAUGGUACGAUACCAUCCGAGCUUUGGAGAGGUCAAGGAGUUACCUCCCAUGUGUGUAUAUAGUUCAUGUUUAGUUUAUUCACCUGUUAGUACAUUUGUAAAGCACCCACAUCGGGCCCUAAACCAUCCGAGUAGUGUAACAUUGAGGUUCAUUUAAGGCUAUUUAUUAACAUUUUAUAUUUCUCAUCCCUACUGAACAUCUUUGUUUUCUUUUGUUUCUCAUAUUACUUUAUUAAUGUUCUUUUUGAUCAACAAUACCAAUGAAGGAGUAUGAAAUGACAUGCUUGGAUUAAAAAGUGUCUACAUACUUAGAAAAUGCCUGACACUAUUUUUGUAAUGGGAAAUUAUUGAAAUACAAUUUUGCCUUAAUUCCUUAAUUAAAAGUAUGACCACAUGAA